AUGAAUGAAAGUGCUGCGUUUGACGUCGAAAAGGGCGCCUUGACUCUCAACCAUGUCUCCUUGUCUGUAGAGGGGAUGACUUGCGUCGGCUGCGAGACGAAGCUGUCCAGAGCGUUGAACGACAUCUCUGGGAUCCGCAACCUCCAGACCAGCCUCGUCCUGUCCAAAGCAGAGUUUGACCUUGACGACAAGGCAGGUCCAGUCAAUGAGAUCAUUCGAGCCGUCGAGACUUCGACAGGCUUUUCUUGCAAGCGACUGAACGCCUCCGGACAGGAGCUGGACGUUCUCGUGACUGGAGACGCGAAAGCAUUCGCUGAGCGUAAAUAUCCAGACGGAGUCACCCAAAUCACCGCCAUCGACAAGCAUACCGUUCGCAUUGCAUUCGACCCGAUUGCCGUCGGUGCGAGAGACGUAAUUAACGAUGUGUUUGGGGAGUCAUUGGAGCUCGCUCCUCGAAGGGCGCCUGCGGACCUGGACAGUGGGAGAAAGCACGUCCGAUACACUGCAUGGGUGACAUUAGCCUCCGCUAUCUUGACUAUACCCGUCCUUGUAAUAGCCUGGGCUCCGCUGCCAUCUCAUCCUCUCGCUUACGGGUCUGCGUCACUGACACUGGCGACAAUGGUGCAAUUUCUGAUCGCAGGCCAAUUUUAUGUUAGUGCAUUCAGAGCACUCAUAUUCACCCGGAUCAUUGAGAUGGACGUCCUCAUCGUGCUCAGCACAUCAACUGCUUACAUCUUCUCGGUAGUGGCAUUUUCUUACCAGGUCAUGGGACGGCCUUUGAAGAUCGGCGAGUUCUUCGAGACGAGUACCUUACUUGUCACGUUGAUUAUGCUGGGGCGGCUAGUCAGCGCCUUUGCAAGACAAAAGGCGGUGGAAUCUGUCUCCUUCCGGUCACUGCAGGACCACACGACUGUUUUAUGCGACUCGGAGGGCCGCAACGACCAAGACAUUGAUGCCCGCCUGCUCCAGCACGGCGACAUUUUCAAAGUGGCGCCCGACUCCCGAGUCACCACGGAUGGCUUUGUUGUCAUGGGUACGACGGAAAUCGACGAGUCCAUGAUGACGGGAGAGCCGCUUCCCAUCGAGAAACGCCCCGGCUCACAGGUCGUCGCAGGCUCUCUCAACGGCUCUGGAGUGAUUGUCGCCCGUCUCACACAAGUCCCGGCGCAGAACACCAUCAGCACGAUCGCAUCAAUGGUGGAUGAAGCCAAGUUUCAGAAGCCGAAGACGCAGGAGCUGGUCGAUGUCGUGGCGAGCUAUUUCGUGCCCGUAGUCCUCGCCCUUACCAUCAUAGCGUUCGCUGUCUGGAUAGCCGUCGGUGUCGCUGUGCGGCAACAGGAUGCCGGGACUGCUGCUGUGACUGCGAUUACUUACGCGGUCUCCGUACUGAUCGUAUCGUGCCCUUGCGCGAUCGGGCUGUGCAUUCCCAUGGUUGUGGUCAUUGCUGGUGGUGUAGCAGCAAAGCAUGGAGUCAUUAUCAAGUCGGCUCUCGCUCUCGAAAGCGCACCCAAAGUCUCCCAUAUCGUCUUCGACAAGACCGGCACGCUCACUGAAGGUCAUCUCACUGUGGUCGAGGGAAUCGUCCUGGCGAGAGACGAAUCGGCACAGUCCGUCAUGUUUGCUUUGACAGCGAACAGCAAGCAUCCCGUAUCGGCGGCGAUAUCGUCCUAUCUGACUGCGAAGAGCGUCAAGGCCGCGUCACUGGAAGAUGUGCGAUCGGUAACGGCCAGCGGGAUGGAGGGAACUCUCGAUGGUAGCGCUGUCCGUUGCGGCAAUACACGCUGGCUUUCGCUCGAAAGUCUGCCCGAGGCUCAAAUGCUUCUCAACAAGGGAUUGACGGUGGUCGGCCUUAUUAUUAACGGCGAGCCAGCGGCGGUCUACGGGCUUUCCGACAGCGUACGCUCUGAAACCGAAUUCGUGCUGGCCGAGCUGAGAAAGCGUGGAAUAGACAUCUCAAUCGUCAGUGGAGACGACGCUGGUGCUACGAAUUCGUUGGCGGCCGAGCUGGAGAUCCCGUCAAGCCACGUCAGGUCUCGAUGCACACCCGCCGACAAACAGCAGUACCUCAAGAAUCUUUCCGCGGAGCGACCCGGAACCAUUGUCUUCUGCGGUGAUGGCACCAAUGAUGCUGUCGCUUUAGCUCAAGCUGACAUCGGCGUGCACGUGAGCAGCGGCAGCGAGGUAGCCCAGACCGCCGCGGAUGUCAUUCUCGUUCGCCCAGCUUUGACGGGCAUCCUCGUGCUCCUGGACCUCUCCCAUGCAGCAAUGCGGCGAGUAUACAUCAACUUCGCAUGGUCCUUCGUCUACAACCUCUUUGCCAUCUUGUUGGCCGCCGGCGCCUUUGUACGCGCGCGCAUCCCGCCGCAGUACGCUGGACUCGGGGAGAUUGUUAGUGUGCUGCCGGUAAUCUUGGUGGCGCUGCAGUUGCGGUGGUUCAAGCGCGAGUACGCCAGUCGGAGAGGGUGA